UUCCUCUAGUUUGCGUUGGAAGAUUGCAGCCUGCUUGGGGUGCUGUGCCAGGAUUCGAGGGGGCUCCAGGGAAACCGGGUCUGGGCUUGGGUACGCGCUAUGAGUGCUCUGAGUCUUUGCGUCAGCACCAGCGGCGGGGGCCGCGGACUGCUCCGCAGUCUGUCCUGGAACCUCUGGGCGCUCCCAGGGGGCGUGGGGUCACGAAACUGGGGGACUGGGCUGCCCCUGCAGCAGCACAGCCGGCUCCUGGGCAGCGGCAACCGGGGCCUCUGGGCUGCCCGGGAAGGGGCCGGCAGCGCCGCCCCAGCGGUGACACGGACCCUCAGCACCUACGCAGAGUUGUGCGAGCAGGCUGUCAGAGAGCCCCAAGUAUUUUGGGGGCGCCUUGCCCGGGAUACGCUGGUGUGGGACACCCCUUACCAUACAGUCAAGGACUGUGAUUUCAGCCAGGGCAAGAUCAGCUGGUUCCUGGGCGGCCAGUUAAACGUGUCGGUAAACUGCUUGGAUCAACAUGUGCAGAAGUUCCCAGAUAGAAUUGCUUUGAUCUGGGAGAGGGAUGAACCUGGUACAGAAGUGAAAAUCACAUACAGGGAACUUCUGGAGACCACAUGCCGCCUGGCCAACACAUUAAAGAAACAUGGAGUGCGUCGAGGAGACAGGGUGGCCAUCUACAUGCCCGUGUCUCCGCUGGCUGUGGCAGCCAUGCUGGCCUGUGCCCGAAUUGGGGCAGUACACACAGUGAUCUUUGCUGGUUUUAGUGCCGAGUCCUUAGCUGGAAGAAUUAAUGAUGCAAAAUGCAAAGUGGUCAUCACCUACAACCAAGGAGUCCGGGGAGGACGGAUCAUUGAACUGAAGAAAAUAGUGGAUGAAGCUGUGAAGAACUGUCCAACAGUUAAACAUGUCUUAGUAGCUCAGAGAACAGACAACAAAACCCACAUGGGGAAGUUGGAUGUCCCUCUCGAGGAAGAGAUGGCCAAGGAGAAUCCUGUAUGUGCUCCUGAAAUCAUGGAUAGUGAAGAUGUACUCUUUAUGCUUUAUACUUCAGGGAGCACAGGCAAACCAAAAGGACUUGUCCACACCCAGGCUGGCUAUUUGCUCUAUGCUGCUGUGACACACAAGCACGUAUUUGAUUUCAGGCAAGGGGAUGUAUUUGGCUGUGUGGCAGACAUUGGAUGGAUUACAGGUCAUAGCUAUGUUGUGUAUGGUCCACUCUGCAAUGGAGCCACCAGUGUCCUGUUUGAGAGCACCCCCGUUUAUCCCAAUGCAGGUCGAUACUGGGAGACAGUAGAGAGACUGAAAAUUAAUCAGUUCUAUGGUGCUCCCACUGCUGUAAGAGUGCUAUUGAAUUAUGGAGAUGUUUGGGUUAAGAAGUACGACAGAUCUUCCUUAAGAACCUUGGGAUCAGUGGGAGAACCAAUUAACCAGGAAGCCUGGGAAUGGCUCUACAAGGUGGUGGGAGAUAGCAAGUGCACACUAGUAGACACCUGGUGGCAGACAGAAACAGGAGGCAUUUGUAUUGCUCCACGGCCUUCUGAGGAGGGGGCUAAGAUCAUCCCUGGCAUGGCCAUGAGACCCUUUUUUGGAAUUACUCCAGUUCUGAUGGAUGAAAAGGGAAAAGUCAUAGAAGGUGGUGAUGUCUCUGGUGCUUUGUGUAUUUCUCAGGCUUGGCCUGGCAUGGCAAGGACAAUAUAUGGAGACCAUCAGAGAUUUAUUGAUGCAUACUUCAAAGUUUAUCCAGGUCAUUAUUUCUCUGGUGAUGGUGCUUAUAGGACUGAGGAUGGAUAUUACCAGAUAACCGGACGGAUGGAUGAUGUUAUAAACAUCAGUGGUCAUCGGCUAGGAACUGCAGAGAUUGAAGAUGCACUGGCUAACCAUCCUGCUGUGCCUGAAACAGCAGUGAUUGGCUAUCCUCAUGACAUAAAAGGAGAAGCUGCAUGUGCUUUCAUAGUACUGAAAGAUGAUAUAGAUAAUCCAGACAUCAUCCUGAAAGAACUCAAAUCAAUUGUUGCCACCAAGAUAGCCAAAUAUGCAGUGCCUGAUCAAAUUCUGGUGGUAAAACGUCUUCCAAAAACUCGGUCUGGAAAAGUCAUGAGGAGACUCUUAAGGAAAAUAGUCACUGACAGUACUCAGGAUAUGGGAGACAUUACCACUCUGGAGGACCCUUCAGUAAUUUCUGAAAUUUUAAAAGCCUAUCAGAAACACAAAGACAAGUUAUCUGCCUCUUAAUAGAGAAGAAAUGUGCAUCAACGUGGAAGUUCUAAAAUGUGCUCGGCCAAAACCAAAUACAACAGUUCCUUAUUGUCUUUUUUCAGGACAAAUUCUGAAAUUGGUUUGUUUUCAAAAGGAAAAAGUUCUUUACAAUCACCUCAGAAUCUACUGAUUAUACAUAAGGCCUGUUGUGUUUACCCUAGCCUCACCCUCUUUUUGUUCCCCUUGAAGAAGAACUAGUAAUGCAAUUAAUAAGAGGCAAAACUAAAGUUGAGAUUUAUUCAUCUUCAUGAAAAUGGAACUAAUUUGAAUUUUGGGAAAAGGGUUGAUGGUAAAAGGGAUUUAUUUAUCAACUUCAUAUAUUAGUGGCCCCUUGAGAUACAAAAGAUACAAAAGUUAAAAUGUGCCUUCUUGAAAGAUUUAAAAUUACAAGCAAUAUUUUUUCCCAUAUGGUUCUAGGUAUAAUAGCUGUAGAGUCUUUAUUUUUAUACUUUCUUAUUUGAGAACAGCAUACAGAGAAUUUUAAUGUAUGAAUUUAUUUGUAUACAUUCUUUGUAACAUCAUUAUAGAAUAGAUAGCUACAGUUAUAAAAAAUCAUUUUAACUCUUACUGAGUGCAAAUGACAUGGGUACAUUUUUACUCAUAAAGUUUAAGGAAUUUUAGAGACAGGUAUUGAAAAUAGAAUGAUUAAUCAACACAAUCAUAUUAAUUAUGUCUUGAUGUCUUUCAAAUGAUCUCAUUUUGCCUAUUAGGACUACAUCUCAUUAUAUAGACAGAACAGAAUUAAUUUUCUAAAAGCUUGGCUAUAAAUUUGUUGAACCUUAAGUUGUGGACAAUUCAUUCAUUUUUGUUGUUGUUGUUGUUCCGGAUGGAAUUUUUUUUCCCUCAGAAUUCUUUUUGGCUACAGGUCAUUAAUGCUCUAAACUGUGGCACUGCCAAAAGUAAUAAUGAAAAUUCAAAUAAUCUAUUACAAUAAGCACUAAAAUCUUUUGUAUUCUUGAAAAAUAUUUUUGGUUCUACAUGAAUGUGGAGGGGUGGUAUAGAAAAAAGGACAGUUCAAAGUUCUGAUCAGAAACUAAAAACAAAACAAGAAGUCUGUUUUAUACAACUGCCUUACUGUUAAUCAAGUAGUUAGUAUUGACAAUAACAGACUAAAAAAUUGUUGACUUAAUAGUGAACAUUUGGAAUAUUGUCAAUUAAAGUGGCUGAUGAUAAUUAGCUAAUAUAGACAUUAAACAUUAGUUAUGUAAGUAUCACAAAUUUUAGUUUGUUCACUAUUAUGGCUCUUAAAAUACAAUCACUUAGAGAACAAUAUACUUAGUAUUUUAAAUUAUUUUAUAUGUUAGUCAAAGCUCUAUUAUCUUGUUUGGUUCCCCAUGCUUCUUGUAAAGAAUUGCCAGUGAUAAAAGAAAGACUUCAAAAUGUAGGAUCUAUGGACUUAGAACUGAUAUGCAAAUGAGUUAAAAUAAAAUAAGUUUACUGUGAUGACACAGAUGAAAAAGAAUGUCAUUCUGUUCUACUCAGUGUCAUACUAAGGACAAGUUAAAGUAUAGGCAUAAUUAAGAAUAAAAAAAAGAAAACCUUUUCAAUAUUGUUUCAUAAAAGGGAGAGAUGUACAGGUAGCCCAACAGUUAUUCUGAGAAACUCAUCUCUCUGGAACACAACUGAGGACCACGAAUAAUAAAUGCUCAUUAAAGUGAAGCCAAAAAAUUGGCCUCCGAGUUAAAAAUGAAUUUCACAAUAUUUGUGUAAUGAAGCUCUUUUAUUCAUUUAAGAAGCCCUUACUCAGAACCUUUUCAGUCUUUUUUUAUUCACAAUUUAAAAUAGUUUGUGUGGCACAGUAGAAAGCAUGCUGGAUUUGGAGUCAGAGAUUCUGCAUUCAAAUACCAUCAUUAUUGUAUUUUUGAAUUUGGGCAAGUUAUUUAAACUCUUUGGGCCUCAGCUUUCUCACCUAUUAAAAAGAAAGAUUAGAUAACCUUCAAAUUUUUGAUUUUAUGUUCUGUUUUUCAAACUCGGAGAAAAAAAAUAACAAAGUAGAAAAUCUGAGGAGAUUCUUAGUAAAGAAAAGCAAUAGCUGUCAGCAAGAAACUAUAAAAAGCAGACAAAAGAAUUUUAAAAAUACAACAAUUUUAGACUGUGUAGCAGUAACCAGAAAUGAUACAGUGAUACUCUCAAGGUCUCUCUUUAAAACUUUGGAAGCGAUUGUGAGAUAAGGGAGACACUGACACAGGAUGACUCAAUAAAGAGGCUGCUGUGUUCUACCAAUAAAACAACUGUGUAGCUCAAAAGAAAUGUGAGAUGUACAAAUUUAGAGACAUUUCCAUUCCAAAAAUUCUCAUGGACUUGUGGCAGUUUUCUGAGCUUGUAUUGGAAUGAUUAGACACAUAUGGGAUUAGACACUGUACCUCGACCCCAACAUAGUUAUGUCAUUGUGGUCUUCUUUGAGCACAAAGACCAACCACCAGUACACAUGGUGCUGAGCACUUCAUGAAUCCCUAAAGACAUCACUUUAUUAUUGUGAAAUAAUAAAUUCACAAUAUGUUGAUAUGUACAAUGAUUCUAAGAUAUGAAAAGAUUACCUUUAGUACAUUCUGUUAAAGAAAGCAAGAAAAGGAGUAAUGUACUUUAUAAAGAUUUCUAUAAAAAUGAUUCCAAACAAAACUUUGUGUUUGAUAAACCAAUGAUCUGAAAA